CGAUGCGCGUUCCGCCUAUUCACAAUAUCCUCACUUCUCCAAUUCUUUAUACGUAGUCCUUGGAACGGAAAGAGAGGGAGGGAGCCUAUCUCCUGAGAUCUAAGAGCCAUGGCCUCCGCCACCACCAGCGCCACCUCUGGCCUCACUUCGCCGGCUCUGGCUGACGGAAAGGCGCCCGCCACUCGUCAGCAGGCCCCGCACUGCGUCGGACUCGCGACGCUGCCUCCGCCGCCCCACGUCGCGUCCCCGAGCCUCCCCCGGGUGGGCCGCGACACAUGGAAGACUGCCUCCUUCUGUCAAAAAAUUGCAAGAAAUGUUAUCACCAUGGCCACAGGAGAAACAUCAGCUGAAGUUGCAACUGAGCUUCCAGAGAUUGUGAAAACCAUACAAGAAGCGUGGGACAGACUUGAAGAUAAGUAUGCAGUAACUUCCCUUGCAUUUGCUGGAGCUAUAGCACUCUGGAGCACCAGUGGAAUGAUCUUGGCAAUUGAUAGGCUUCCUGUAGUUCCUGGCAUUCUUGAAAUUGUAGGAAUCGGUUACACGGGGUGGUUUGCAUAUCGUAACCUGGUUUUCAAGCCGGACAGGGAAGCUUUGAUAGCAAAAAUCAAGAGCACCUAUAGUGACAUUAUUGGGAGCAGCUAAUUAAGCAUCCACAGGUGAUCAUGUCAUGCCUCAAAAACUGUGCGGAUGAGGUUGAGUCAUGCUGGAAGAGUUAUUUUUCCAGGAAUGGAAAGUUUGUAGUUUUUCAUGUUUUGCUUUGAUAUUUUAUGCCAUAAGCUUCUAACCUUGGUUAAUAUGUCAUAUUAAUAACAUUCUGUAUCUAUCUAUUCAUUAUAUUAUGACACAGGGUGCCAUGCCACCCCUAAACUUUGUUAGCCUCUA